CGUGGGCUUCAGCGUGUCGACUGAUAGUGACAAGAGAGUCUCAUGUCUUAUUAUUAUCUCGUCAUCAAAGUCACAGCAACAUUAGUAACUAGUAUUUGCCCCAGAGGGGGAUAAAGCUAACAAGAAAUAAGAUCCCCUGAACAGUGUAUAUUAUUAUGCGCGAGACAAACGUGCGACGGUGCCUCUUAUUUUUGGCCUUUAUUCAUUUGGCUUAUCGUGUAAAUCCGACUUCCCACGGCCACAAUAAUGCAUUUGUGCAAGGUGACAAUGAUGUUCAAUACCUUUUGGAAAAUAUUCCAAUUUCCAUGCACAAGGGAUUCACCAAUUCAGUGGAUGGUACUGGGGACCCUAUAUUGGAAGAAAACUCGCAAGAUUCCUUGGCACAUAUUCAGUUUGAGCCAAAUAUUUUGGACUUUAAAGAAAGACAACUUGGUGUACCCCAUCAAGAAACCGUGACGCUAUUCAAUAGAGAUGAAAACAGAACAAUUCACCUUUCUGCCAUCUCUGGUAAUACACAGCACUUUCAUUCAUCCUUUUUUCAAGACAAGGUAAUCCCACCAUUGGGAAACACAUCAUUCAAUGUUGUCUUUCUUGGUCGGGAGGAAGGUGAAAUCGACAGUCAUCUUUUUAUUCACACGUCGGACGGUAUGCUCAAAUACCAGGUCAAAGGUAUCAGCAUCAGCAGUCCUUACAGAUUACGACCUGUAGUUGGUGUGAAAUUGCCAUUAAAUGCUUCUUUCACCCCUUUAAUUUAUAUGCACAAUCCUCAUGCCGAGGCUAUGCAGGUGGUUGAGAUAUAUAGCAGUGGUGGUGAGUUUCAAUUAGAAUUGCCAUCGGGUCAAUCGGAGGGACCCCGUGAGCUAUGGGAAAUUCCACCAUACCAAACAAAACCAGUUAUCCGAUUGCGUUUCAAUGCGUACACGGAAAAGAAUCACACGGCUUAUGUGAGAUUUAAGGUAAAUAAUAGCGCAGAAGUGCUCGUGGUGACUGUCGAGGUUGAGGUCAGUAGCGGGGCUGGUCUUCAUUGGGGUGGAAGUUCCGGUGUUGUAAACUUUGGUAUGGGUGGUUCUUUACAACCACCAAUUCAUUAUCCAAUAGCACUAAAAAAUUCUGCCAAAAAGUCUGUGAAAGUUUUGAAUGUAAUUAGUACGCCGGUUUCGAAAGCUUUGAAGAUUAAUUUCGAACCAGUCGUUAUACCUGGCGAUACUGAAAUACCAAUAUCUGUGGGAACUUUAGUGUAUGAUUGGAAGGCAGGUCUGGAUUUACAGCAUUUUAAAGGGAAACUGAUGAUAAAAGGCGUUGGUCCAGGGGGAUCGAGUCAAAAAUUAGCAAUUCCUUGGAUAGCUGAAGUACUUCCUGGAGGAUUAGAAGUGAAUACUUCGGUGACACAUUAUUGCUCGCCGUUUUCGAGUCAGCCCCGAAACUUCAGUGUUGUUAAUAAGUUUCGGCAGCCCUUGGCAAUCACAAAUGUUUCACUGUCAUCCGAAGCCAAAUCUCUCUUUACAAUCAAGAAUUUUAUACCAAGAGUUCUGAAACCAGGACAGAAAGUAAAUAUUUUUUCUCUACUCUUGACCAAUGAAAGAAAGUCAGAAAACCCAAAAUUGGAAUCCUCAAUUUUAAUUCAUUCUAAUGUGUCUACGACUGAAGUUCCUCUCUUGAGUUAUGACGGAAAAGUUCGGAAAAUAAUUCCCGGCGAAAGAGAGGCUGAUAAAGGAACAAUGAAUUUUGGAACUGUUGGCAGUGGUACAGAAAAUGAGGCAGUAUUCGCAUUAGAAAAUCAAAAUCCAAUUAACAUUGAGCUUCAUGGCUGGGGAGUAAAUAUGCCAGGAGCUGUUUUAGAAUUAAUGGGAUGUCAAAGUGGGCCGACCGAUUUAUUUAACAAAGGAUUCCGUAAUAUAACAGUAUGCAGUCAGACUGGCAAUCAAAAUAUCAAACCUGGGUACUUAGCUAUUUUUAAAAUCAAAGUAAAAACUCCAAAUGUUGAAGAGGAUACGAUUGUUGGUGAUGUUUUUGUGAGAACGACUUACGAGAGACUCACAGUACCAGUUUACAUGCGAGUUGCACAUGGACGAAUAUCAUUAAAGAAACUCACAUUCACCGAUUGUUUUCCUGGUGCCAUUUGCAUGCAGCAAGUAAAGGUGCAUUCAACAUUUACUAGGCCAAUGGAAGUUACUUUUAUAGCACCUGUGCAGAAAGAUGAUCGCAUUAAAUAUGUACCAUUGGAAGAGACGACAUUGCCUGUCAUUUCCAAAGGCGAAAAUCACGUUGGAUCGAUUGCUAUUGAUCCUUUGAUUACUUGUAAAAAUCAUUGCUACCUUGGAUUGUGCUUAAACACUAGUGCCGGCAGUCAAUGGCUGAAUACGAUAAAUCUUCCAUCGCACACAAGAGAUUCGGAUUUGAACUUAUUGAAUACUCGUUACUCGCGAUAUUUGAAUUCAACUGGCGGUGGCUCCUGGGACAAUAUCACCAUGAGAUUGGAUACGACUGAAGUUCGUGGACACAAGUUCUUCGUUAAUAUAAAACCAUACUGGCCAAGUUUAUUAGGAAAUUCAGGAAACUCAAAAAAUCGGAGUCUGGUUAUGUUCCCAUUAACUCAAGUUGGCAAUACGUCUUAUAAGAGUAUUAAAAUCCAUAAUCCCAGUUCCAAUUCUUUGCUCGUUCAACUUGUUAUGGAUUGGAGCUAUCCACAAGGAAUGAGAUUGUAUCAUUCCUUACCAAACAAAUUUAAACCAAUUUGUCUGGAAUGUCCUUCAACAAUUCCUAAUGAAUUUAAACUGGAAGAUAUCCCAGAGGAUAGAGAACUUUUUCAAAGGACUUGGAACACUUUUGCACCCGUGCAAUCGCUUCCGCUUUAUUUGAGUCCAAAUCAAUCGAAAACUGUCCGAAUUUCUUAUACUCCUUCUAUGGCAAGCUCAUCCUCGACUCUUUUAUACGUGAGGAAUAACAUGACGAUUUUGGAAGUUGUACGACUUGUGGGUCGCGGCGCCCAUGCUCAAUUUAAGUUUGGAAAUCGAAAGCCGGGCUCUACUACGCCUUUACUAUUCGAGCUUGCCGACAGGCACUUAAAAGAUUGUGAACGUGAGCGUUUACGUAGAAAUCCAGUGCCAAAUUUAACGGUAAAGCGAUCUUUCACAGCACGAAACACAGGAGAGCUAUCAAUUGACAUACACGGUUUCUACAUAAGCGGUUUACGCUGCGAAGGAUAUGGUUUUAAAGUACUCAAUUGUUCGCCGUUUAAAUUGAAUCCUAACGCAACGCGUAAGAUCGACAUAGCUUUUACACCGGAUUUUACGCUAUCGCGUAUCGAACGGGAACUGUUGAUUUUGACAAGCCUUGGAGAUGUCUCUGAGGAUGUUAAUGAGAACGGUGUCGCUAGAUUAACAUUACUUACAACCGUUCCUUCUCACUUUCUGGAAUCCUGUGCUGGUGUUCUUGUACGACCCUCGUGGGAAAGAGCGAUCCAUUGGGCGGCCAUAACUUUAGCUGCUAUAUUACUUACUUGUAUCCUUGCUGUAUCCUUUUUGGAGGCCGACAGGAUACUUCGUGGUACCUUGGCUAACUUAGCUAGGGCAAGUCCGGUGCAGCCUCCUCUAGAUUUAAGACUCCUUGCAAAGGAAAAGGAUGAGAGAACACGUUCUGCAUCGGCUCCAUGUAAAAAGGAUGAUCACUUAGAUUGGAGUAUUAUGAAUGUCAAGAAAAAGGAUAAGGAAAAGGAUUCGAAAGGAAUAAAAAUUCCUGAUUGGACACCGGAAGAAGAACGACGAUUCAGAAUGGACACGGAAAACAAAGAACCUUCUUUUAAAAAGGAUGAGGACUCUGCUAGCAAUGGGAGUAAAAAGAAGAAUGGCAAGAGACAGAGUUCAGGGCAAGAUCAUGAGAAUUUUGAAGGGCUGGUAGUUCAAGAUAAUUUAAUAUCAUGUACGGUCGAGAAAAAACCAUUGAAUACUUUAAAAAGUAGUCCUACGAGUAAUCGGAGAAGCCAACAAAAUUCGAAGAGCAAUUCUACGAAGGAGGAAUCUAAACCUGUGGAUGAAGAAGUGGUAGUGGAUACUAUCAGUUCAAAUUUCAUAAACCCUGUCCGGGAAAAUAAAAUGGAGAAUAAAAGAAAACAAACAACUUCAAAUGGUAAUUCUCAUGUACCUUAUAAAAAAUUUGAUACAAAUCCUAGUCAGAAAAUUGUACAAUUCUCUGAAGAAGAAACAUCUUCAACGACUACAGAGAGUUCAACUCACGACGAUCCAGUUCCGUUCAAGGACUGUGAACGAAGUUAUUCAAAACCUGAAAAGAUUCAACGUAAGCCAAUGAUUAAGAAAACAAAACAGCAAAAUAUUCAGGUUGUUCCGUCGAUAGACUAUCGUGAUAAUUACGAGGGUGAUUGUGACGACGAUGACUACGACAAGGAAAGGCACGAGAAUCCCAAUCGUUGGAAAACAAACACAAAUCGCACCACCACAAAACAUCAUCACCAUCAAUCUCGUUGUAACGCAGAACUCUCAUUUAAGUUACCAAGACAAAUAAAGAAUCCACCGAGAAAAGAGAAGGCUUCACAGAAGAGACGGGCUACGGAAAAAACACACUCGAAAACACUUGGUCUUAAUGGAAAUUUAAGUCAACGAGAUGAAAUGAGACAGCCACAGCCGACGUUACCGUCACCAUUGCCGCCACCACCUUCGUGCUGGAAUGAAAACCGUGCAAAGUUCAGUGACGUUGUGGCACGUAACCCGGAGGCGAUAUCACCGACUUUUUCAGGGUUAAAUAAACCCUUACCUACGAGACCGAUUAGUCAUGACAUUACUGGAGAAUUUUCUACAGAGGCAAAUGUCACGGGUGAUUGUCUUGCUCGACCUUCUGCAAGAGAAUUAAUUCAACCUAAUGUUAAAACACUUUUGGGACACCACUCUCAGGAUAAAUUGGAAAAACAGGAUGGCUUAUUUGCACAAAGUAAUCCACAUGCGAACAGUUACUUCAUCAACACUUUCAAUGAGCCACCGUUACAGUUUGAACCAAAAUUGGUACCUUUUACCGAUUUACCGGAACAUAAUGGCAAUCUAGUAGAUACUAAUGCUACACUGGUGCAACAACUUCCAAGAAAUAAAUUAUGGAAUAAUGACAGUCUGUCAAUGAAUAUAUUACCAGAUAAAACUAACAAUGCGUUCGACAUCGAUUCCUCAAAUACCGCCGAUCAGAUAACUAAUUUUCUGGAUGCUCUAAAUGGUUUGUCCUCCUUGACUUCGAUAGAUAUAUCCAGUAGUGUUGAUAAUCCGGCGUCCUUAGAUAAUUGGGUUACUGUCGAAACCAACUGGGAACCACUCUAUACGAGAGGUGCCGUCGGCGAGGAACGUUCUGGUGCAUGGGGAGUAAAUACAGGUGGUGUGUGGGCUGCUGCACCUUGGGGUGCACCAACACCACCAUCGAGUGAAUUACAACCCUCAACAGCACUGCAGCAGACCGAAACUGAUGUUCAGGAACGAUCAGGAUUCGAUCCCUUUCGAUCUCUCAGUACAAUAUGGACACCCUCGUCAACGGACUCCUGGAAACCGAAAGAAGGGGACUAGUGAUCACUUCAUCAGAGCAGUUCCGAUUUUUAAUCGAGAUUAAAACACCCGAAGCUAUAUUGAUGUAAAAAUCAUAUAGAUCUGUUCAUGUUAAUUCUCAUGCUGUUUACCACACAUUAACUAAUUUUUUUAAUGAUUCUAAUUAAUUUUCAACCAGUCCCGCUUAUCGGAAAUAAUUCGAAAUUGAUGAUGGAUUAAUUACAUGAAACGAUCGCGAGGAUAAUUGCGUUAAUAUUGUACAGAUUUUUUUAGAAAACGUUACUUAAAAUGUUGUCGGAAAGACUUUUUGAAUCAAUGUAACCGACUGUUAAUUAUUUUUGGAAUAAUAAUUCGGAUCCUGUAUUUUGUACUUUGAAGUGGCUUGAAUCACUCGAAAUUUGCAUGUCUGCUCAUCUAAGUGACAUGCAUUCUCAUGACUUUCAGCUGUUUCAUACUUCUGAUCACCGAAUCGAAUUAAGAAUAAUUUGUACAAAGGGCACGGCAAACAUUCAGCUGUACCUACUUUGUAAGACUGCUAAUUGUUGUGUUUGAAUAAAGAAAGCUGUAAAGCAAUACCAA